ACAAGAAUCAUCAGUAAGAGUUACUUGGAAUUAAAGAGAAGAGUGAUUACGAGAUGGCUUCAGCUCAAGUUCAACUCCCACACAACCUCCAUGCCAUUCUUAAAGAAGGAGACUCCCAGAUUGACGCCUCCUGCGACAAUCUGAUUGAACAGCUCCAGGGUGGAAUCUUCUUGAACCAAAACAAACUGAAGUUUUGGGUUGACAGGCUUUUAUGUGCCAACGCCUUCGACAUUCAUGCAAGGGGUCUCUCAAUCACUUGGGGAGAUGACAAACGUUACUGGAAUUGGACUUACAAGCCAGACACACAACGUUGUGUUCAAGUGGAGGUGGCUGAACUAUUGAAUGUCUGUUGGCUUGACGUAAGCAAGAAAUUCCCUGCCAAAAACCUUACUCCAGGGAUAGUUUACCAAGUUUCGUUUGUUUUAAUGAUGAAGAAUGGAGAAUGUGGAUUUGCAAAUCAUCCGGUGAACUUGAAACUCGUCAUCCCCAAUUACCAUGAGACAAUUGAACGCAAAGAAGAUUUGAGUAAGUUGCCCAAGAACAAAUGGUCAGAGGUCCGAAUUGGUGAGUUCCUUACAUCUUGCAAUAUGACUGGGGAUAUGGAAAUCUCGAUGUUUGAACACGAAUCCCAAUGGAAGAGUGGGCUGGUUGUCGACAAGAUCGUCAUUCACCCAGUGCGCCGGCAGAACUAAGAAUGAGGAUGAUCAGCAGCGAGACAUAUGCAAAACUAAAAGUUUCUAGAUACUAAAUAAUUUAGUUGGCAUGCGUCUCAUGUUGUACUCGUAGCUUCUCACUAUACUUUGUAGUAAAUAAAAAUGUGAGAAUUUGCAUACGGGAUAAUAAAUAAAAGCGUAAUUUAUCUGAGGUUGCUUCA